AUGUUGAGAGACAAGCCAGACCUGGGACUAUGGAUCGGACGAUUGAUCGCAAGGGUUGUAUUCCGACUUAGAGUCGAUCAAAGCUAUCAGGCAAUAUCGAGUGAUGAUUUGGAUCCUUCGACAUUAGAACUGCAGUCACCGACCGAUGAGCCACCUACGCCCAGAUUACCUAAGAUAAGGAGAAAAUUACCCUUUUCACGCAUCUGGACAGCCAAUGUGCUCUUCACAUUUACAGCCCAUUUUCUGCUGGCAGGCCAUGUAGGCACCUUCAACAGCCUCUGGUUUGUCUUCUUGUCGACUCCAAGAUAUGUUCCACAUGGUCAGACAAAUAACGGGACGAAUCCAAACUCAAGUCUAGGCGUACCUUUGGACUACAAGCCACACCCACCUCUCAGCUGGACUGGCGGUCUGGCUCUCCCGCCUGCGCGCAUCGGCUCUGCGUUGGCCAUCUUAGGCUUUGUUGGUAUAUCGCUACAGUUGCUACUUUACCCAAGAUUGUCCUUCCGCUUAGGCACAGUAACCUCUUUCCGACUAUCGCUCUGUCUGUUUCCCCUGGCAUAUUUCCUGGUCCCCUUCCUCUCGCUCGUGCCGACAAGUUCUACACCACCCGCUGCAGCCUCCGGACCACUGUUGUGGAUCUCUAUUGUCAUUGUGCUGUGCAUCCAAGUCACUGCGAGGACAUUCGCACUGCCUGCCACGGCAAUUCUGAUCAACAAUGCCUCGCCGCACCCAUCCGUACUGGGCACAGUACAUGGUCUAGGCCAGAGUGCAAGUUCUGCCGCCCGCACUAUCGGUCCGCUCUUGUUGAGCUAUCUUUAUGGUGUUGGGCUCCGACGUGGUGUAGUCGGGCUGUCGUGGUGGUGUAUGGCAUGUUUCGCGGCAGUCGGGGCCGUGGCGGGUCUUUUCGUCAAGGACGGAGACGGGCAUGAGAUUUGGCUUGAAGGGGAGAAGGAGGAGGAAGAACAAACCAACCCACAUUAA